AUGGGCCUUCUCAGCAGCCUCUCCGAGUCGCUUGUCAGCCUUAGCUCCACCGUGUCCUCGCACACACCUCACCUGCACCAAGGCCACGGCGGGGCGCCUGCGGACGAAGCCGCGCUCGAGGCGCUGCUUGCUGGUGCCCGCGCAGAGAUAGACCAGCACCAUGGCGGCGUCGACACAGUUUCCAACCUGCUGCGCGUCGGCGGCGAGGAACCUGUCACAGACAGGCAGCUGAAGAGGUGGCUCGCCGCGCGCGGCUGGGACCCCGCCCGCGCCGCGCGCGACCUCGCCGCGCACGCGGCGUGGCGCGCGGAAACGAUGCCGGAUGGACGGGUGGCGGAUUCCGAGGUUAGGAACGAGCUCGCCCAGAGAAAGGUGCUCCUGCAGGGCCUCGACCGCCGCGGCCGCGGCGUGGUCGUCUUUAUCGGCGGCAACCACGCGCCCAACCCGGACCAGUCCGAGGUGCAGCGCUUCUUCUGCUACAGCACCGACAACGCCAUCGCGCUGGCCGACCCCGAGCUCAACCCUGAGGGCCGCAUAAUCUUCUUGUUCGACGUCGGGGACUUUGGGUGGAAGAACUUCGACGUCACCGGCGCCAAGACGCUCUUCAAGAUGAUCCACGCCCACUACGUGGAGCGCCUGGCCGUCUUCUACUUUUACAACGCCAGCGCCGUCCUGCGCCAGCUGUACCGCCUGGUCUACCCCUUUGUCGACCCCGUGACGCGCCAGAAGGUGGUCUUCCUGCCGCACGACGCGGCGGAGGCGGCCGCCAUACUGGACGCAGACAUCGGGCUGCACCUGCUCCCGCCAUCCCUGGGCGGGACUGCCGAGCCGCGGCCCGUGGAGGGCGGGCGGGCGAUGGUUGAGGAGGCGGCGCGGCAGCGCGCCGCCUCGCAGCAGCCGGGGCCGCCGCCCGAGGCGCCCGCAGCAGAGGUCGGCGCGGCGCCUGGCACUGAGUGCGCUGCAGCUCCUGCUGCUCCUGCCGCUGCUGCUGGCGCUGCGGCUGCCCCCCAAGAGGACGCGGUCGUCAAUGUGGGCGGACGCGAGGCGGAUGGCGCGCCCAGCAAGCAGCAGAGCGCGUUGGGGGUGGCGCCUGUCAACGGCGCCGCGGGGCUCGCGAUGGCCUGA